GUGUGUGUUAUCAGUGGGCAGAAGAUCCAGAGCUCAGUGGAGAGGAAUGCUCAGAAUAUGGCGGGAGAGAAAGCUGUCUCUGUUGGAGGAUGCAGUGCGGAGCUGAGCAAGUUCCAGGGAGAAAUGAGAGUCAAAGAAUCCAGUGUUGACAGUCUGCCAAUGGAUGUGUGGGAUUCCUCCAGUCUCAGUCUUCUCAAAGACAAGAGCGAGGGGCAAGAGUUCUCGACGAAGUUUGACAAGGCCUGGGCCACUCUCAAGGACCACUCUGAUUGUCUCGGAAUUGAAGUCAGCGAGAGGGUCAACCUCUCCAACAUGCUGGCCUCCUGCCUCGUACAGCAGGCAAGGCAACUGGAGAAGGUCCACAAAGACCUCAAGCUUCAAGUUAAGGCCCUCCUUAUUGCUGUGACUGUGACUGUACUCCAGGUGUACAAGACCCUAAUGGCACAGCUGAACGGCUGUCGCCAGAAACUGACUGCCAGACAGAAAGACUUGGAGCGAGCCCAGCAGACUGCCACCUCUGACCCCACGUGCAAGGAAGAUCUGACGGAGGUUGGCGACAUGGAAAUCGACAGUGACGAGGACGCUAUGGACACAGUGGCACCUCCUCUUCCCUCAGCCCCUCUCGCCCCGACUCCUCCCCAGUUGUUUACUCCUCCAGGCUCUGUAACUACGGGAGUUGUUCUGCCUUCCUCCGCCCCCAUCCCUGCUUCCUCUGUGUUUCAGCCGACUAACUCUGCCCCUCCCCUCUUCAGCUCCCCGCCCAUUGUCACCCCCGCCCCUGCACUAAUGAACACCGGCAAUGCUCUGAUUGGACAGGGGAUGAUGGUCAACAUUCAGCCAAUUGACGUUCCAUUUUCCCAGCCUUAUCUGAUGGAAUUCUCACCUGCCAUGUCACGACCUCCGCAGCGUUUCUCACGACCUUGUUUCUCCCUCCAUCCGGUCUACACAUGUCACCACGGCAACAGGGAAUCUUGGAGACCCCUCCCACUGUGA